AUGUUUUUAGUGAGAAGGCUUCUCUUAUGUGAAGAGCUGGAGCGUUCGUCUUGCGGCAGUGUCCUUUUCCAUGGUUACUUGCCUCCACCAGGUAUUCCUAGUCGUAAAAUAAACAACACUACUAGAUCCUCAGCUGAUUCUAGAAAUGGACUAAAUUUUACAGAAGGUGAAGCUCGAGGAAAUGGUACUCAGCCUAUUCUUUCCGGAACUGGAGAAGAAACUGUUAGGCUAGGGUUUCCUGUGGAUCCACGAAAGGUGCUAAUAGUAGCUGGCCAUCACAACUGGAUCGUAGCUGCGUAUGCCCAUUUUGCUGUGUGUUACAGAAUCAAAGAAUCAUCAGGAUGGCAACAAGUGUUUACAAGCCCAUAUUUGGACUGGACUAUAGAACGAGUAGCUUUAAAUGCAAAAGUGGUCGGGGGUCCACACGGAGACAAGGACAAAAUGGUGGCUGUUGCCUCAGAGAGUAGCAUCAUCUUAUGGAGUGUCCAAGACGGAGGAAGUGGAAGCGAAAUCGGAGUGUUCAGCCUUGGUGUUCCUGUCGAUGCUCUCUUCUUUAUUGGUAACCAGUUGGUGGCCACGAGUCAUACAGGGAAAGUGGGAGUGUGGAACGCUGUCACCCAGCACUGGCAGGUUCAAGACGUUGUUCCUAUAACUAGUUAUGACACUGCUGGCUCAUUCCUUCUGCUGGGAUGUAACAAUGGAUCAAUAUAUUAUAUAGAUAUGCAGAAGUUCCCUUUGCGAAUGAAGGAUAAUGAUCUUCUUGUAACUGAACUUUAUCAUGAUUCCUCAAAUGAUGCUAUUACUGCUCUGAGUGUUUACCUCACACCCAAAACAAGUGUCAGUGGUAACUGGAUCGAGAUUGCCUAUGGUACGAGCUCUGGGGCGGUGCGCGUCAUCGUGCAGCACCCAGAGACGGUCGGGUCAGGCCCGCAGCUUUUCCAGACCUUCACUGUUCACCGAAGCCCCGUCACAAAGAUCAUGCUGUCAGAGAAGCAUCUGGUAUCAGUUUGUGCAGACAAUAAUCACGUCCGAACGUGGACAGUGACACGGUUCAGAGGAAUGAUCUCUACUCAGCCGGGUUCUACUCCUUUAGCAUCGUUCAAGAUCCUGUCUCUGGAGGAGACAGAAAGCCACGGAAGCUACUCCUCUGGGAAUGACAUAGGACCUUUUGGAGAGCGAGAUGAUCAACAGGUGUUUAUCCAGAAAGUUGUUCCCAUCACUAAUAAACUGUUUGUAAGACUGUCAUCUACUGGGAAAAGAAUCUGCGAAAUCCAAGCUGUUGACUGUACUACAAUAUCCUCAUUUACAGUAAGAGAAUGUGAAGGUUCCAGCAGGAUGGGCUCGAGGCCAAGGCGGUACUUGUUCACAGGCCACACAAACGGCAGCAUUCAGAUGUGGGAUCUGACCACUGCCAUGGAUAUGGUCAACAAAAGUGAGGAUAAGGGUGGUCCAACUGAAGAAGAACUACUCAAAUUACUGGAUCAGUGUGACCUGAGCACGUCUCGCUGCGCUACUCCUAAUAUCAGUCCAGCAACUUCUGUGGUUCAGCAUAGCCGUCUUCGGGAAUCAAAUUCUAGUCUUCAGCUCCAGCACCAUGAAACCAUCCACGAAGCAGCUACUUAUGGUUCCAUUAGGCCUUACAGAGAAAGUCCUUUGUUAGCAAGAGCAAGGAGGACUGAGAGCUUUCACAGUUAUAGGGACUUCCAGACUGUGAACUUGAACAGAAACAUAGAAAGAGCUGUCCCUGAAAAUGGUAACUUGGGUCCAAUACAAGCUGAAGUUAAGAGGGCAGCAGGGGAAUGUAAUGUGUCUGAGAGGAAGUCUCCUGGAACAGAAGUUAAAAGCUUGAGAGAAUCAGAUAGUGUAGUGGAAGUUCAUAGACUAGCUGAAGGUUUUCUGGAAUCCAAGAAAAGGUCAUCAGAAGAUGAAAAUGAAAAUAAAGUGGAGUCACGGAAGAAAGGAGGGUUUGAAGGAGGAGGAUUCCUCGGAAGAAAGAAAGUCCCUCACCUGGCGUCUUCACCAAGUACGUCUGAUGGGGGGACUGACUCACCCGGUACUGCAUCCCCGUCUCCUACAAAGACUGCUCCCUCUCCUCGGCACAAAAAAAGUGAUUCUUCAGGUCAGGAGUACAGCUUGUGACACUCAACAGAGUGAGUAGUUUUAUUAUUCAGAAGAGAGUUAAACUCUUACUGGAUUUCAAUUAGCUAUUACACCAAAACUUUACAAAUUUGGACUUCAUUUAGUAUCUUUUUGACAGAAUUACCUGGGUUAAGGAGAUAAAGUAACCAUAUCUCAUCAGACCUUUUGGAAAAUUUUUUUAGUUUUACAGGCACAUUUAAUAGAUCAUUUGUAAAGAAGUCCAUUUCCAUGUUUAUCUACUCUGGAUUUUGGAAGCAUAGUAUUAAUACCGUGUCUCAAUACGAUGGUGCCCGGUAUAGAUGACCAUCCCCUCAGAGUGCGGGAAUCAACAGACUGCACUCCUUAUGCUGAUUUUGCCUGAGCUUCGUCUUGCAAUGUUAUGUUAAACGGGUUCCAUGAUUCUCUUUGGAGCUUAAUCUCCCAACCCUUACUGUGACUGCAGAGUGGUUUACCAGGUAUUUCAUGAGGUGCUAUGUUUGUGAAAAAAUAUGUAACUCAAAAACACUAGUGAAUACCAGAUUGCUCUGUGUAGUACUAAGUUCUUUAGGAUAAUUUUAAUUGUGGUCAUUUUCUGAUUCUCAUUGUUGGAGUUCUUAAGUCUUAGCAAGCAUCACCAAUAUUAAAUGUCAAAAGUCCAUUUAAACUUUCUUUAAAGUUGGAGCAACUGUUUGAACAGAUGAAAUAAAGACAGUUUUGAGUGCCCAGAAAGGAAAACUACCAGUUACUAGUUUGCCUUGUUUGAGGAGCCACCAUAUUUUUUUCUUGUGUUAAUAAUGAAGAUAAUUAAAUUAGAAUGUGGCCAUUUUGUUAAACUUAAGAGACUGCACUUCUGAAUUUUUGGUUAAAGGUUUUGGCUGCUAUAGAAAUUUUAUUUUAAAUAUAAGAACAAAAAUCUUUUGUACUUUGAUUUAAUUGGAAUGAUUUUCAAAUGUCUGCAAGUAAGGUAAUUGUAAAUUUAAAGCAUUAAGCAUUUAUUGAUGAAUAAAUAAUGUGUAUAUUCCCAUUCUGAGAAAUAUAAGUGGGUCAAGUCAAAAUAAAUUCUUUAAAGUUUA